AUGGGUUCCCUAGGCCCUCCAUUCAGAGUAGCCAUUGUUGGCGGUGGUAUUGGAGGCUUGUGUGCUGCUCUGUCACUGCAUCACCACUGUGCUGGCGAGGGCAUCAAAAUUGAUGUCUAUGAGCAAGCACCACAGUACAAAGAAAUUGGAGCUGGUAUUGGCAUCGGCGUUAACGCAGCUAGAUUGCUUCAUUCUAUCGGCGUUGGAGAUGCGGUGAACGGCAUUGCUGGAAGUCGACAAGGCAUCUGGAUAUCUUUUCGUCGGUACGAUACCGGAGCAGACAUCGUGACUGUGCCGGCCAAUGAUCGAGAGAAAAUUCGUCAAUGUCCGGUCCAUCGAGCAGAGUUCCUAGAUCUUCUAGUUGACACCAUCAAAGACCGCGAUGCUGCAACUCUGCAUACCAACAAGUCUUGCAUCAAUGUUACCGACAAAGGGGAGGCUGUCAGCUUGAAUUUUCGAGACGGCAGCUCUGCUACUGCUGAUUUAGUUGUUGGUUGUGACGGGAUACAUUCGCAUCUUCGAGCUCAAUUCAGCACAGACAAUCCUCGCUAUGGAGGUAGAAUCGCAUAUCGGGGACUGGUGCCUAUAUGCAAGCUUGAAUCGAACUGGCCAUUUCAGACUUAUUCUGUGAGCUGGCUGGGCAAGGACAAACAUUUCUUGGUGUUCCCCAUCAGUAAUAACAGACUCUUGAAUAUUGUCGCCUUUGUUGCAACAGAAGAGGAGAAGUUGGGCGGGCUGAAGGAGAGCUGGACCGCCACUGGAGAUAAGAGUGAUCUGGUCAGGGAUUUUCAGGAUUUUGACAAGACUGUCCAAGAGAUCAUUUCCCAUAUGCCUGAACAUCCCUCCAAAUGGGUCUUGAAUGACAGGGAACCGUUGCCGCAAUGGGUAUUUGCUCGGGGUAAGGUUGUACUCAUGGGCGACGCUGCUCAUGCGAUGCUUCCUCAUCAAGGCGCAGGAGCAGGACAAGCCAUUGAAGAUGGGUAUAUUCUCGGUCGGGCACUGCAAGACUAUCUCCGUUCCCGCAAUCACACCAGCGAGGAUCUUGAAAAAUGGACACAAUUGUACCAGAAUGUCCGCCUUCCGCGAGCGCAAAGGGCUCAAGCCACAGCUAGGCAAGCGGGCCAUGUAUAUGAAAUGCAGACGGAAGAGAUGCUCGGGAAGACGUACGAAGAGUGCCUGCCCAUAGUACACGACAACUUGAAGGACCGGAUGAGGUGGGCAGGAACCCAGGCUCUCUACCCAACAAUACAGCAAUGGACUAGGGCCACGCAUAUCAUCCACUCAGUAGGAUGUCCGCGCGAGAUCACUCCUCCGAUCCUUCUCUUCUUCCUCGACAAGGUUACAGCCUCAAUGGAACCACAAAAUCCUCCAAAGAAGCGCAGACGAGUUGCCAUUGCGUGCCCUGACUGUCGGUCGCGGAAGACAAAGUGCGACCACAUUGUGUCCAGACAGCCCGAUGAGGAUGUGCUAAAAGGCAUGCCAAAGAGUUCGCAAGCCUACAUCCGGUCCCUAGAGCAAAGGCUUAAGAGAUUCGAAGAGCAGGAAACACGUCCUUAUGGCAGAUCACAAUUUCCAGACCAUCCGGUGUCGUUGUCCCUACCCUCAAGGAGGAGCCAGGGAAAUUCGUCCAGCAUUGAACGGUCUCCACCACCCCAUCUUCAACGGCGAGGCUCUAUUCUCAUCUCUGCAAACCCCGAAAUAUUCAUGGGAGGGUACUCGGGCAUCUCGUUCACCCAACUGAUCCUCAAUGCCAUGAAUGGCCCAGAUUCAAACAAGCUGGAGGCCGAAUCUUUGUCAUCUCCACGCGAUCCUCCGUGUUUCUCGAGACCCUCGGAUCUCUUUGCUCUUCCACCAAAUUGUCGCGAGUUGGUUGAUCUCUUUUUCGAUUUCCAUUAUGAGCUGUCGCCCAUUUUUCAUGCCCCCACCCUCCUCGCGGAGAUCGACCAAGUCAUUGCUGGUGACGCGGCGCACCGCUCGGAACACAGAUAUACGCUGGCAAUCUUGAACAUGCUUUUUGCCAUCGCCGCUUCCCACCAGCGACAUCGGAUGGACACGUCAAUCUCUAGCACGAGGCGAUAUUACGAUAUAGCAAUGGCCCUCGUCAGCCCAACCCUGCUCUUCGACUGGAAGAUCGAAAAGGUGCAGAUCCUCUUGUUAGGUGCUAGGUAUCUUCAGAGUUCCAGCUCCCCCUCGGAGUGCUGGAAUGUACUUGGCCUGGCGAUUAGGAUUGCAUAUGGCCUUGAGCUUCACCGGGCUCCUGGCGAGGAGUUUGACUGCAUUAUGCGAGAGACACGAAAACGCGUCUGGUACGCGUGUUACGGCUUGGACCAAUUGCUGAGUAUGAUCUAUGGUAGACCAGCAGCAACCUCAUCUUCAACAUUUGACACACCACUCCCUGAAGAUUUAGACGACGAUUGUAUCCAGAAAAACAGGUUGCUCUUUCCCAGUCUUGAGGCUCCGUCACUAAUGUCGUUUUCAAUCCAAGUCUCAAAGCUAUAUCGAUUGCUUGAGUCUGCAGCAUGCCUGGUCGAACCUCCUUUGGAAACGCUAGUACAGCUAGAUGAAGCGUUUGAGUCGUGGUUCUCUGUUGUUCCGUCAAAUCUGAAACUCCAGGGCGACACGACCGUACAAGAUGACAAGUGCCUUAUCCUAGCUCUUCGAGCAAACAUGGUUAGGAUACUCAUUCAUCGACAGUCUCUGGCCUCCACCCUCAGUAUUCUGUCAAAAACUGAUCAAACCUGGAAACCUCCUGAGACUCUAAAAAACAGUAUGCUCCAGAACAGCAGACGUAUCUGCGUCCGGACAGCCGAAGACACGAUAGAUUUAGUUGGUCUUCGAUAUGACCAGACGAAGCAUGCUGUUGGCCCCAGCUGGUUCAACCUCUAUUAUCUUUUCAAUGCAAUCUUAAUUGUUGUAUCACAUGUGGUGGACCCAGAAUAUCGAAACGACAAAAAAGCCCUUUCCCAGCUGGAUCGUGCAAUGCAAAUGAUCAGGCAAAUGUCUACAAAUCACCAAUGUGCGCAGCGCGCUUACAAUUUUCUCCAGCAACUUCUCAGCUUCAUGGAUAGAUCCUUACUUGUUGAGGGACGAAGAGCCGUAAGCUCUUCAAGACCGCAGACUGGAACCAUCCCAUCUCCUGUUCUGGAGGGCGCGGCCUUCGAACAGGGUGGUUAUGACGAUCUGGCUAAUGCGGACCUUUUUGCACUUUGGGACACCACCCAAGAUCUGACCACCAAUCUAGGUUCUCAGCUCGAGUCUUACUCGUCUUUAGGAUCGGGAAUGUGGUCAUGGGACGUUAAUGCUCAGCAUCAAAGCGCACAAUGAAGCGCAAAUAACGAUGGGGCAAUAUAUGACACGAAUGAGUGAAGUGGAUUCGAAAAAGUUCCUCAGGGCCGUCCGGACAUCGACUGGACGGUGCACAGUUUCUGAGAGCGGCACCAUCAUCACACCUAAGAUGCGCCGCAGAACUCUCGGCCGGGACAUCAAGGACUUGCAGGCCUCGAUGUUUCAGUGAUACGAAACUAUCCUAGAAGACAUUGAUU